UAAAAAUAUUUACCCUAAUAAAAUCAUUAAACACAUUCACAGCUGCCGCCUACACCAGUUAUUUCUCCGCUCCGGUGCGUGCUAAUGCUACCGGUGAGGUUAAUAUAUAUUUCUUUCAAAUAAUAAUUUAAAAAUAAAAUAAAAUAAAAAUUUCUGAACCGCCCGGUUCGUCCGAAAAAAAAAGAACCAAAACUGAACCGUGUGAGAAUCGGUUCGGUUUGACGGCGGUCCGGUUUGUCUGCUGUUAGCUGAAAAGUCACGUGACUGGAAUUAUUUUUUAAAAUUUCGUAAUAAAUAUUUUGUUCCGGAAAUCCCUUCAGAUAAACCAAACCAUGCGUAGAGUAGCCGCUUUCAAAAUAACGUCGGAGAAAGAGUAACCUCACCGAAUCCACCCACAGCGUCUUCCUUUCCACCAAAUCCUCAUUCGCCGUUUCGAAUCCAAUCAAAUUCGCUCGUUGAUUGCGUGUUUUCCCUAGAUCUCGAAGGAAUCGACUCGCAUUUUGCAAGCGGAACGAAGAAGAGGAAGGCAAGGGAGUCGGGAGGGAGGGAUGUGUUUCUCAAGGAUUUGCUGCUGCUGCGUGUGUAUCGUGCUGGUGGUGAUCGCGAUCGGAUUUACGGUCGGAUUCGGAGUUUUCCAGCACGGAUUCGACAAAUUGAAGUCCUCGAUGCAUAUGUGCGAGUCGUUCGGCACGAACGGAACCGUUACUACUUUCUGUGGCCGGCCGUUUCUGCCCGCUCCUCCGCCGCGCUGAUGGUCGACUGGUUACUGCACCUGCUCGCGCUUGCCUUCAGGAUUUGUGAGCAACAUGGAGCCUGAUUUUUGCACCUUCCAUCUGUGAAGUUGUUUUAUUAUGGUUUGGUUUUAUAUAUUUUCCACAGCUUUUUACCCUGCAUUUUUGGCUUGAGAAUUUAUUCUUGUUGGAAAAAAGUUU